UGGAAGAAGGAGACGACCGGCACACCAGAGGGAAAAGGAGAGAAGUAGUAAAAAAUCGGUUAAAGCCUCGAAAAACACAGCCCACGCCAAAGGUUAAUCCGAGUCGAAGUGGAGGUGAAUGAGUGACAUGGACCUCGGAGGUGGAACAGACUGCGUGCGGUGUGAGCAAAAGGCCUGCCAGAGACGCGAGAGCGAGUCUGAAACCCAAGACUUGAGGAAAUCUCCAAUGCAGCGCAUGACUCCGGGCCGGACUAAGCGUAGAGAGAGAGAAAGGAUUGAGAGACAUCUAUCGCCAAACACUUUACCGCUUCCGGUAGGGUUAUUGGGCUUUACCGCCAGACCAAGUGUCCCUCUGGUUGUUGACGAGCGAGCCGACUAUCCGUACAAGACUGGCUGGCUUGGUGAUAGAGUGGGCUUGCCCCUCCCCAGCUUGACAAGAUGGUGGUGGAUGGGCUGGCGCAUUAUUUGCUCAAUGGAACACACUAGGCUGGUCCACCACAACGGUCAGACAUCUUACCUACAAAUAGACAGUCACUAUUGGUCGUUAGUCGCUCAGAGGAAGUGGAGCAUGAUCAUAGAGUCCAUGCUAUCGAACCCCGUUGUAUGCCGAUGGAGAAUAAAUUCUCGCAAAUGAGGGUCCGAGAGUCUGGGUGAUGGGCGCUGACGGGGAGGAAAUGGGGGUGAUGGGGGAGGCAAAAUUCAGGCGAAAAAGGAAAUUAAACCUCAGCUAAUUCCCCCCUCGUUCUGCGGUGUACGGGAGUACAGGAGCUUAGUAGAACGCAAAAAUU